GCGAAGGUCAUUGCCGAGGGCGAGGCCGAGGCCAAGACCUACAGCGAGUUCGCGUGCUUCUGCAAGGAUACCAUCAGCGAGAAGACCGCGUCGAUCAAGACGGGGGAGGACAACAAGGCGAGCUUGGAGGCCGCGAUCGCCGAGGGCGCCUCGCUCCGGGACGAGCUCGACACCAAGAUCUCGGAGUUGGUGGAUACCAUCGAGGCGGCCCAUGCUAACGUCACCAAGGCGAAGGAGAUCCGCGCCCAG